AUGCUGGAAGACAAAAGGGAUGAAUUUACGAAUCCCGAAAAAAAAUCCGGUGGGUGUAAGGCACUUAGCGAAUCUGUGAAGUGUAGUGCAGCUGCUGACACGAGCACCUCCCAUAGAUGUAGUGUGCCAUGUAUAGCGGGCGUUGAAAUGUCUCUUGGAUGGAACAAAGCAUGCAAUACCUUAAGAUGCAUUGCGUGUGAUAACGCAGUUGUCAUUUUUGAUAAUAGCAGUUGGAGCUCGGAUGUUGACUACUACUUCCUUCGGACAAAUUACCCCAACACAAAGCAACUCCAGGCCAAAAUGAAGCGGAAAAGAGGGAGUCGUGCUUACUGCUGCCAGUGUAGCUCAACGGAAGCAACGAAGUUGAUGUGUUUGGGUGGGAUCCCAUCGUUACAGUGGGUUUGUGGAAAGCACGCAAAAUGACUGGACAAAUUCGAGCUGCUGCUGCACCGCAAUAUACGGACAAUUAUGCGCUCACAACCGGCCCUCUCACCCAAAAUGUACACUAAGGAGAACCAAAAGUAUGCUCAGA